AUGUGCAAUUUACGCGUUACCGCCUCCGAUGAUGAAGACAUCGGUCUCGAAAUCGAGAUCAUCGAAUCGUCUUGCUGCAGCCUGAAGCAGACUUUCAUCCUCAGCCUGGAGAUCCAGACCCUCCAGUCUAGUACUCAGAAUCCAGAUCUUCCACUCAAUUGUCUCCAUGCCCUGGAGCUCGGUCUUAACAGGCAAGAAGAGGAUCUUGCCUCGGCAAGUGGCGCCAGGCGAUUCAGUUCGAAACACGAUCGGGCAGUCAAUGAAUUGCUAUGCGAAAUACAUUUCGCCGCAUCGCCGGCCAAAGACUCCGAGUCAACCAACCCCGGGACCAGUGUGGGGAGCGGGUGUUCGUCCAUCAUCCUCCGCAAGUCCGCUCGCCGGGGGUACUCUUGCGAGUGCGCGUCGCCGUCUGGUACUUUGUCCAUGAUUCGCUAUGUGAAAGGGUGGCAGAUCCAGCGGAGUGGGAUUUGA